UUGGAUGAACAGAGAGAGAGAGAGAGAGAAGAGGGAGAGCAGCUGGACAUCUCGGAGGGAUUCAGCGCAGCUAAACGGUGAGAAGCAAGACGGAGCCGAACCUGAGGACCAGAUCACUCCGCAAACCUGUGAGAUGCUCAGAAACCCCCUGACAGGUGAUUUUCAACAUUCAGCCAACACAGUGUGUUAGGACGCACCCCGCUCGUUGUCACCGGGUAGCCCAUGCACAUGCACGACACUAUGGGUAGCUCCCCCGAGGUGCUCUCGUGGACUUCCUGCCCCAGUCUGCUGGUGGGCAAACUGAAGGAAGAGCUCAAACUCACCGUGGCUGGGGACACCAUGAAGAAAUCAAACUCGCCCAACUCCCAAACUCAGCCUCUUCAAGCCCCUCCGUCCAAUUUACCUCCUCAGAUUAUCACAGACCUGGCCCCGCCGACACACCUGGCCGUUCCCCUGCAGACGCUGCAGACGCCCGGCCAGGACGAGGACUCAGUGCUGGGGGGUACAAGUCCCCCAAACAUAGCUUUGAGUGUGGACUCAACACGGAGCGAGGGUGGGCACUUUGACAACAGCGUGCUCCAGCUGCAGGAGCACGACCACGAGGAAGCCGGAUCGCCGGCCUCCUGUGAGCACGGCGGGUGUGGCAGUGGGAUGGAGGAGCAGAUGGGAGAAGGGGACUGCCCCGUGGACCACAGUGGAGAGGGGAGGCAGAGCCACCACCACCACCACCACCACCCUGAUGACAUCAAGCUGCACUUCCACAGAGCGGGGCCGGGGUCGGGUGGGUUCUUAGAGGGGCUGUUUGGCUGUCUGCGGCCUGUCUGGAACAUCAUCGGGAAGACAUACUCCACAGAAUACAAGCUACAACAGCAAGACAUGUGGGAGGUUCCUUUUGAGGAGAUUUCGGAGUUGCAGUGGCUGGGCAGCGGUGCACAGGGAGCUGUCUUCUUGGGCAAGUUACGCAAUGAGGAGGUGGCCAUCAAGAAGGUGCGUGAGCAGAAGGAGACUGACAUUAAACACCUGCGAAAACUCAAGCAUCCAAAUAUCAUCAGCUUCAAGGGCGUGUGCACCCAGGCGCCUUGUUACUGCAUCAUCAUGGAGUACUGUGCCCAGGGCCAGCUGUAUGAGGUGCUGAGGGCGGGGAGGAAAGUGACCCCCAGGAUGCUGGUGGACUGGGCCUCAGGCAUUGCCAGCGGCAUGAACUACCUACACCUGCACAAGAUCAUCCACAGAGAUCUCAAGUCUCCCAAUGUUUUGGUCACCCACAAUGACAAUGUGAAAAUCUCCGAUUUUGGAACGUCCAAAGAACUCAGUGACAAAAGCACAAAGAUGUCAUUUGCGGGUACGGUGGCCUGGAUGGCCCCAGAAGUGAUAAGAAAUGAGCCUGUGUCUGAAAAAGUAGACAUCUGGUCAUUUGGCGUUGUGUUGUGGGAACUUCUGACCGGAGAGAUUCCCUACAAAGACGUGGACUCCUCGGCCAUCAUUUGGGGUGUUGGCAGCAACAGUCUUCACCUUCCUGUCCCCUCCACCUGCCCGGAUGGCUUCAAAAUCCUCAUGAAACAAACAUGGCAAGGCAAGCCCAGGAAUAGGCCUUCGUUUCGUCAGAUCCUCCUACACCUCGACAUCGCCGCUGCUGAUAUCCUAGGAGCUCCUCAGGAGACCUACUUCAAGUCUCAGGCAGAAUGGAGGGAGGAAGUGAAGAAACAUUUUGAGAAGAUCAAAAGUGAAGGCACAUGUAUCCACAGGCUGGACGAGGAGCUGAUCCGACGCAGGCGGGAUGAACUCAGGCAUGCACUGGACAUCCGGGAGCACUAUGAGAGGAAGCUGGAGAGAGCCAACAACCUCUACAUGGAGCUCAGUGCCAUCAUGCUGCAGCUGGAGGUCCGAGAGAAGGAACUAAUGAAGAGAGAGCAGGCAGUGGAGAAAAAAUAUCCCGGGACCUAUAAGCGCCACCUGGUCAGACCCAUCGUCAGGUCCAACGCUGUAGAGAAGCUCAUCAAGAAGAAAGGAAGCAUGUCCCACAAACCUGGGAUGCCCCCUACUAGAAGGCCAGACCUGCUUCGUUCGGAUGGCAUCCCCAGCCUCGACCCUCUCCCCUCCCCUUCGCCUCUCUCAGCCAGCCCGAAGAUCUCCACACCUCCUGGCAAAGCCCGCUACCGAAGCAAGCCUCGUCACCGCCGGGCCAACAGUAAAGGAAGCCACAGCGAGUUCCCCGGGGUGCUGAGGCCUCUUACUGGGGCAUUAGAUGACACCCAGUCUCUCCAGGAGCAGCCGUUCCUCCAUCAUCACCACCACCACCCACCAACCGAGGGGCCCUUCCUCCCCCUGAAGGGCCGCGAGGAAGCCGUUGUCAACUGUGCCAACAACCUGCGCUACUUCGGCCCCGCCGCUGCCCUCCGUAGUCCUCAGACGGACCACCUGCAGCGCCGCGUUUCUGGCUCCAGCCCUGACCUCAUAUCCACUGCUGUGGACGCAGACACGCGACAGCGGACUUCCAUCACCGGCUCCAAUCUUGUUCCAGGUGCUGGUGCUGGUUCUUUGUGUCCCUGCUGCCAGGCUCACCCCUUCCCUGGCUGCCUACACUGUCAGGAGACCCCUCCUGCAUCCAGCCACCCAGAGUUGCCCCACUACUCCCUGCUCAACACCCAGGAAAACACUGCAUCCUCUUUAGGGGCUCCCAGCAAAGAUCCAGCCUUAGACGGAGAGGCCACAAAGAAGGCUCAGCCACAGGAACAAGAGGCGUCCCAACGCACUCACACCCUGCUCACCGCACUGCCCCGCACCCUCAGACCUCUCAGGAAGGGUGGCGAUGAGUCAUCUGAAGAGGAAGAGGGGGAGGUUGAUAGUGAAGUGGAGUUUCCAAGGAGACAGAGACCUCAUCGCUGCAUGAGCAGCUUCCAGUCCUACUCCACCUUCAGCUCAGAGAACCUGUCGGUGUCUGAUGGAGAGGAGGGAAACACCAGCGACCACUCCCACAGCGGGCCCCUGGAGAGGCUGAGCGCCAGUCAGGAGGAACACCUGGACGAGCUGCUGUCGCACACACCGGACAUCCCCAUCGACAUCUCCACCCAGUCAGAUGGCCUCUCUGACAAGGAGUGCGCCGUCCGCAGGGUGAAGACCCAGAUCUCGCUGGGGAAACUGUGCUCCGACGAACACAGCUACGAGAAUCCACUACAGUUUGGGGACUCAGACUGUGAUUCGUCAGAAGCAGAGUGCUCCGAUGCCACCAUUAGAAACAACAAAGUCGGGGCUCCUUCCUCGUGGUGAAAACCGCCCCAUGGAUCGGUUCUGUUUUUGCCUGGAGGCCAUCGUGUCCCACUCUGCCCUGCAGAAAAUACAGCAAUAAGAGGACGACAUUGUAAACAAAGCUCCUUAUAGCAAAGCCCCAUGCAAUCUCUCCCAGAACUACCCUUCCCCUCAUGAACCCCCAUCCCCUCCAUCCCCCCCUCAUCUCUAGCACAGCAUCCAGGCAACCCAUGGCAGGGAUUCCCUUUUGAAUGAUAAUGUACAGUAGAUAGUUUAACAUUCAUAAUUUAUUUUUGUCUGAGUUUUGAAGGAAAAUUCAGGACAUCUGUAAAUUCUCUGAUCUGAACAGAGAAAAAAAAAAAAAACUGACAUUUUGAAACUGAGCAUGGGCUAAGUGUGUGUUGUGAUGAUGAUGAGGAUGAUGAGAAGGAAGUGCUGAGGCUGAUAACUAGCAGUGUGGAGUUACUGCGAUUGUUGGUCUUUCAGGUGACUGACGCAGACAAGGAGUGUCACUACAAGCCUUUUGAUCUGGCUCUCAGCAUCUUAUUGUUUUAGACCGAAAUCCCCAACCAACAAGGACCCCCCCUCAACCUGCUUUAUCAUGAGUUUACAGUGCAGAGCCCCAGUACACGGCCUCCCCAACUUCCAUCCCAUCCCCACCAUAGUGAGUGGGGAACAGGGAGCUUAUGAAACACCAGCAUGAACAACCUGCCUCGCAACCGGACUCCCUCCCUCCCUCCCUCCCUCCCUAGAAAACACUACAUGUGUCUCUAGUCGGUCAUCAGGAUCCCCGCUGAACUGUCCAAGCAUGCCUGUGCAGCUCGCAAAAACGUUAACGCUGCCAGAAGACUGCAUGAAGCGGACGAGCUAGCAGAGCAACAGAGAUGAAGACUCCGCUGAGAAGAUAAAACAAACAAAAAAAAGAGACUCUCUUCCUCUGUGAUCCAGCUCAUCCUUCUCCAAGACACGCCAACGUCAUUGUCAUCAUCAAUCAGAUGGCAUGACCAGAGUUGUUUAGGGAGUUAUCAGUGUGUGUGUGUGUGUGUGUGUGUGUGUGUGUGUGUGUGUAUGAACACAAAGCCCGUUCCUCUCCAUUAGACAUUACAGUUUCAAGUCUCAUCUCAGGAUUGUUUCGAGGACUGUGAGAAACUGGACUGGACCAAUUAUGUAGGAGUCUUGGAGUGGCACAUACUAUGGACCAUACAGGAAUAUAAAAAAAAAAA